AUGGCAACACCGUCGGAACUUGGAGUGAACCCCAAGCUGCCGACGUGGGAUGGCGAUUGGCGUACGUAUGCUGACUUCCGUUUGGCAUGCCUCUUGGAGAAAGAUGGCUUGAAGGAAGAAGAUCAGCUGACCCUCGCUCCUCGCUUGGCGAGGAAUCUGACGGGCAAGGCUUGGGAGGCCUGCACCGACAUUGACCGAGCUGAACUCCGCAAGAAGGAAGGACUCGACUACCUCCUCAAGUACUUGAAGGAGAAGCGGGGCAAGCAGCAGGUUGAUAUCUUAGGUGAGGCCUUUGAGAAGUACUUUCAGUCAGGUGACGCCAUUCGUCAGGACCGUGAAUGCCUAACGGACUUCGAGCAGCGCGUCUCCGUGCACUUCCGGGACAUUGCCAGAGCCUUGCAAGAGAUGGGGACCUCCGUGGAGGUACCGUCAGAGAUCUACGGCUGGUUCCUGCUCAACAAGCAUAUCCGGCUGGAGCCUUCCGACGUGGCGACUCUCAAGUCGCAGACGGCCAGCUACAAGCUUGCUGAUGUCUGGAAGGCAUACAUGGCAGUUGAGGAGUACGAGGAUGAAGACGGUGAUGGAGCCGGAGUAUGGUGGACCGACCCCGAGGACGAUGGAGCCCUGGAGCCAGAGGACGAGGAAGCGACCGAGAUCUGGUUUGAGGAGGCGUUAGAAGCACUCCAGGAGAACCCGUCCGAUGAGGUUGUCCUGGCAAACUUCAACGAAGCAAAGAAAGCCUUCUACAAGGACGCCAGAAAGGCCUUGGAUCAGAGUCGGGUCAACCGCGGCUUCUACCCGAACACCAAAGGAAAAGGAAAAGGCAAGAGCAAGGGCAACAGCAGCCGGGCCAAAGGAGAUGAUGCCAAGGUGGAGUUCCGUGGAAAGUGCAUGCGGUGUGGCCGUUUCGGUCAUAAAGCGCAGAACUGUCCGCAAGGUGGCAAAGGCCGAGGACCCGGAAAGGGAAUCGGUGUCGGGUUGGUGUACACCAACUGGACGGACGAUGAGGCGCAGCCGCUUCUCACGGGCGCGGUGACCGAGCACAAUACGCGAGCCAUUGUGGACUGCGGCGCCUCAGAGAGCAUUGUGGGAGCAUUGACCUUGCAGAGACUCCAUUCCGAGCUCGAGGGCCUGGGCUUCGACCCCGACCAGGAGAUCGAGCUUGACAACCGUCUCAGAAAGACCUUCGUCUUCGGCAACAACGAGUCCAGUCAGGCCUUAGGACAUGCCACAGUGACGGCCGGAAUCCAUGGUCGAGAGCAGAAGCUGGGCAUGCAUGUGGUUGAAGGACAGACGCCGUUGCUCCUUUCCGGCAAAUGGCUGUACGAGCAGAAGGCCAUCAUCGACUUUGGGCGCGGUCAAGCCAUCUUCCCGUUCUUGGGCCCGGAGGUGAUCCAGCUCGAGCGGGCUGCCACGUACCACCUCUUGAUGCCCGUCACAGCCUUCGAAGGACAUGACAAAGCCCGUGCACUCACCGCAGUGGCGCAGGAUGCAGCCGGUCCUCUCCUGAGGGCCUGUGCCCAGAUGUUCGACGCAAAAGAAGAAGCUGUCGCUCAGGAGUAG